AGUGGAGGCAGAGAGACGGCGUUUAUCCCCAGUGAGGGACCACACAAAAACGAAGUUAUUAAAUUCAUGGACGUGUGGAACAAGAGUUAUUGUCGGACGAUCGAGACGCUGGUGGAGAUCUUACAGGAGCACCCGGACCAGGUGGAGUACAUCUUCAAACCCGCCUGUGUUCCUCUCUUGCGCUGCGGGGGCUGCUGCAACGACGAGAGCCUGGAGUGCGUGCCCACCGAGCUGCACAACGUCACCAUGCAGAUAAUGAAAAUCAAACCCCAUCAUGCGGAGCACAUAGCAGAGAUGCACUUUGUACAACACAGUAAAUGUGUCUGCAGACCAAAGAGAGAAAGCAAAGAACCCCCCAAAAGCAAAACGAAGAAAGGGAAUGGAAAGGGUCAAAAGCGGAGGAGAAAGAAAACAAGAGACGAACAGUACAGGCUUCGCUGUGAGCCUUGCACAGAGAGGAGAAAGCACUUGUUUGUUCAGGAUCCACAGACCUGUAAAUGCUCCUGUAAAUUCACACAAUUACGGUGCAAAUCAAAGGGACUUGAAUUAAAUGAUCGCAGUUGCAGGUGUGACAAGCCGAGAAGAUAAGGCAGCCCAUUAUCGCCGAUUGUUUUUUUGUGGGGUUAUUUUUUUUUGUUCCGUUUCUGUUUUUUUUUGUUUCUUUUUAUCAAGUCCGGUAUCUUUAAAUUAGAAGCAGGCAUGAAGGAUAGAGAAGUACCCAGCACUUUCACUUCCUUUACUUUCUGGAGGGAGAACGGACGACAGACAGACAAACAGACAGCGAGGACAAGGAGCAAGCGACAGAACCAGAGGAGAGAGAGAAAAAGAGAGAGAAAGAUCAUUCCCUGGAGACCUGCUGUGGAUUUUGCCGGUGUAUAUUUGCUAAAGGAUGAAUAUUAUAUUUCCAAGUUAUUUUGCUGCUAA